AUGAAAAGGGCCCACCUGAGGCGCAUGUACACAGACUCAGCAGCAGCCGCAGCAGCAGUUGCAGCAGCAGCGAGUGGAGCAGCAAAAGUAGCAGUAAGAACCGUCAAGGCUGCAACCGCAGCAACAGCAGCAGCAGCAGCUGCAGUAGCAGGAACAGUGAAGGCUGCACCCGCAGCUCUAGCAGCUGCAACAGCAGCAGCAGCUGAAACAGCAGCAGCAGCAAGAGCAGUAAAUGCCGCAACAGCAGCAGCAGCAGCAGCAAGUCAUCCGGGUGCAGCGAAGACACUACAGCAGCAGCUCACAGGGGCAAAAAGGACAUCCCAGGGGGAAGCAUGGCUGCCGUGCUGCUGCCAGUGCACCUUAGGGAAGGCCGCCUGCAGCAAACCAGCAGCAGCAGCAGCAAGAAUCGCAGCAGCAGCAAGAACCGCAGCAGCAGCACCAGCACGAGCUGCUGCUGCUGCUGCGGAGGGCUGGGCCCGGGAAACCAUAAGCUGCUGCCCAUUAUGA